CAUUUUUAAAGGAUAAUUCGGCUUCAUCAGUCUCAGCAGGUUAUUUGGUCCAUUUCAUUAAGUGGUGCAGUUUCUAGGAUAUACUACUCUACGGAGAUUUUUUCAAUCCGUUUAAUUCUCGCUGUUGAGUUGAGUGGCUGGGAUGCAAAGUCAUGCCAGAGGACAAAACAAAAUUGUUGGUAGAACAACAACGACAGGAGAUUCUUUCUCUGAAGACAGAAUUGGCAGCCAGAGAAACUCGGUUAAAUGACUUAACUAGUUUACUGGACAAAUAUCAAAGUGUAUUCUCGCGGCAGACGCACUUGAUCAGUGCGUUUCGAAAUGGUUUCGAGGACGAUGUCAUGACAGGACAGAACCAUCAAAUACCAUCGACUUACCCACGAAGGCGAGGAAUCGGUAUAUCUGCCGAACCAGAAGACACGGAAACUAUUGUUACGACAGAGCUGAGACGAUACGCGAAACCAGAGGAUGUUCGCAAGUUAAUAAAACAGGCAAUAAUAGAGAAUGAUUUUCUUAGCCAUUUGGCGCAAGAAGAACUCCGCGAUAUUAUCGACUGCAUGCAGCCAAUUGCAAGCAAAGCAGGGGACGUUUUAAUCGCUGAGGGCGAAACGGGAAGCAUGGUUUACGUACUCUUUGAUGGCCGUUUGGAAAUUUGGAAGAACGGAACAAAGAUAAGAGAAAUCAACAAGUGCACUGUUUUGGGAGAAUUGGCCAUUCUCUAUAAUUGUCAAAGAACUGCCACAGUGAAGGGUAAGUUUAACUUCUCUGGACGCCACACUUUUCAUUGUUAA